UGUGUUAAUAAUUAGUAACUGUAUAACGUUUUCUAAAAAACCGUUAAUGGCCUUUUGGCCCAACUAACUAAAACAAAACAAUGAGCACACCGAUUCUUCUCCAUCGGGGAAACCAAAGGUCACCAGAGAGCAUGACUGUGGAGCGGGUUCUCAUGAUGGAGGAGAGUAAAGCUAAGAGAAUGUGCUACGAACGUCCUGCAAGAGAAGAUAUGAUAAGCAAAUUACCCGACCCUCUGAUGUCUCAGAUACUCUUUUAUCUUCCGACAAAAGAAGCUGUUAAGACUAGUGUUUUGUCCCAUAGGUGGGAAACUCUCUGGCUUCUGGUCUCCGAGUUGGAUUUGAAAUCUUCCGAGUUUCCAGACUACAAUGCAUUUGCGGGUUUCGGGGAUAGGUUCCUAGAGAAGUCUUGCUUGCACAACCUCAAGCUAAAGAUUCUGAAACGUAAGAACGAUAAGUCUUGCGUCACGUGGUGGGUAGACUUUGUGGCUAGGCGUAAACUAAAACAUCUUGAUGUCGAGUAUCUUUACGUCUCUCGUAAGCGUUUGGAAGUGAUGCCCAUAAGCCUCAUAGGUCUUUGUGAGCUUUGGUCAUAACAAGAACAUGGUUUUGUUGGAAGUUUGAAACUUGUAGCAAUAAAUUUGAAGGUAUCAUUUAA